UCUCUCUCUCUCUCUCUCUCUCCCCCUCUCUCUCUCUCUCUCUGUGCGCGCGUGUCGCCCCCGCUCCUCUCCACUCGGGGGUCGAGGUGGAGGCAUGUAGCACCGGAUCACCGGAUUCACCGGAUUCACGGCGCCGAGCAGCAUGUAGCAGCACCUGGAGCUCCGCGCACACCGCCUCGCUCGUGCGUCCUCUCCGCGUUUCCGGGGGUUCGUCCUGUGUGUGAGCGGCUCCCUCUCCCGGAGGAGCGCGUGCUCCCCCCGCGCGCUGCACCUCCCGGUCGAUGGUCGUUGAGGAAGCUUCCAUCUUGAGUCCCGUGUCCACCGAGAGAACCAUGGCGAGCGACUCCCCGGCGCGGAGUCUGGACGAGAUAGACCUGUCUGCACUACGGGACCCAGCUGGUAUCUUCGAGCUGGUCGAACUGGUUGGAAAUGGAACCUAUGGGCAGGUCUACAAGGGUCGUCAUGUCAAAACAGGUCAGCUCGCUGCCAUCAAGGUCAUGGACGUCACAGGAGAUGAGGAGGAGGAGAUUAAAGCGGAGAUCAACAUGUUGAAGAAGUACAGUCACCACAGGAACAUCGCCACCUACUAUGGAGCCUUCGUCAAGAAGAAUCCUCCUGGAAUGGACGACCAGCUGUGGCUGGUCAUGGAGUUCUGCGGCGCCGGCUCGGUCACAGAUCUGAUCAAAAACACCAAAGGGAGCACGCUGAAGGAGGAGUGGAUCGCCUACAUCUGCAGAGAGAUCCUCCGGGGUCUGACUCAUCUCCACCAACACAAGGUCAUCCACAGGGAUAUUAAAGGGCAGAACGUGCUGCUGACGGAGAACGCAGAGGUUAAACUGGUUGACUUUGGUGUGAGUGCUCAGCUGGAUCGUACGGUGGGACGGCGGAACACAUUUAUCGGGACGCCGUAUUGGAUGGCCCCGGAGGUCAUCGCCUGUGACGAGAACCCCGACGCCACGUACGACUUCAAGAGUGAUCUGUGGUCGCUCGGCAUCACAGCCGUAGAAAUGGCGGAGGGAGCGCCACCUCUGUGUGACAUGCAUCCGAUGAGAGCGCUCUUCCUCAUCCCCAGAAAUCCUGCGCCUAGACUCAAGUCCAAGAAGUGGUCGAAGAAGUUCCAGUCGUUCAUCGAGAGCUGCCUGGUGAAGAGUCACAGUCAGCGGCCGAGCACCGAGCAGCUCCUCAAACACCCGUUCAUCCGGGACCUUCCCAACGAGCGGCAGAUCCGCAUCCAGCUGAAGGACCACAUCGACCGCACCAAGAAGAGGAGGGGGGAGAGGGAUGAGACAGAGUAUGAGUACAGUGGCAGUGAGGAAGAGGAUGAAGAAAGGGACGCCGGAGAGCCCAGCUCCAUCAUCAACAUUCCUGGGGAGUCCACUCUGAGGCGGGACUUCCUGCGUCUCCAGCUGGCCAAUAAGGAGCGGUCGGAGCUGAUCCGGCGCCAGCAGCUGGAGCAGCAGCAGAACGAGGAACACAAGCGCCAACUACUGGCCGAGAGGCAGAAACGUAUCGAGGAGCAGAAGGAGCAGAGGCGACGGCUGGAGGAGCAACAGCGUCGCGAGCGAGAGCUGAGGAAGCAGCAGGAGCGAGAGCAGCGGAGGAGGUACGAGGAGAUGGAGCAGGUCCGUCGAGAGGAGGAGAGGAGGCACGCCGAGAGAGAGCAGGUGAGAGGACGUCUGACUGAAAGACCACGCAUCACAGGUGAGUAUAUCCGUAGACAGCUGGAGGAGGAGCAGAGGCAGCUGGAGAUCCUGCAGCAGCAGCUCCUGCAGGAGCAGGCCUUACUGCUGGAGUAUAAGCGGAAGCAGAUCGAGGAGCAGCGGCAGGCCGAGCGGCUGCAGAGGCAGCUGCAGCAGGAGCGAGCGUAUCUGGUGUCGCUGCAGCAGCAACAGCAGCAGGAGCCGCCGCGGCCGCCGCAGGACAAGAAGCAGCUGUACCACUACAAGGAUCAGGCGCCCGGCACCAACGACAAGCCGGCCUGGGCCAAAGAGGUGAUGCGUCGAGCUCAGAGCAACUCUCCUCGCAUCCCUCCCAAGAAGUACCACUCCUUCAGGGAGACCAGCAACCUCGACAACCUCCUCUUACUGCCCGGUUACAAACCCCGCCGCCGCCGCCGCCCCCCCUCCUACCCCGCCCACCUCAGCCCCUCCAGGGAUCACCCGCAUGUGCCACGCAUCCGUGUCACCUGUGUCCCCGAACGCAGCUCGGGCGCCUCUCAGCCGGUGAUGCGCCAGCAGAGCCCCGACUCCAGGGGCCGGAGCCCAGGCCGCAGGGUGCAGGAGUAUUGUAAGAUGAACAGACAGACUUCUCCUGCGUUGCAGCACAAAGUCUCCAACCGGAUCUCGGACCCGUCGCUGCCGCCGCGCUCCGAGUCCUUCAGCAGCGGAGGCAUCCAGCAGGCCCGGACCCCCCCCAUGCACCGCUCCGUCGAACCACAGAUGGCCCACCUGGUGCAGGUGAAGAGUCACGGCCUCUCAGGCUCCCAGUCCCUGUAUGACCCCCACGGUGUGUCCUCCUCCUCGGCGUCGCCCUCCCCCUCCCGGCCUCCCAUGCCCCGGCAGAACUCCGACCCCACCUCCGACACCCCACCUCCCCCGCCCCUGUCCCGCCUGGCGCCCCCCCUCGACAAGCUGGACCGCAGCUCCUGGCUGCGGCAGGACGACGACAUGCCCCCCAAGGUUCCCCAGAGGACGACCUCCAUCUCUCCUGCGUUAGUCAGGAGGAACUCUCCAGGAAACGGACCUGGCCUCGGCCCUCGGGCUGGAGCUCACCUCAUCCGGGCCAGCAACCCCGACCUGCGGAGGAUCGACGUUUCCAUGGAGACGCCCCUAAAGAGGACGAGCAGCGGCAGCUCCUCCAGCUCCAGCACCCCGAGUUCCCAGGGAGGCUCCAACGAGCGAGGUAAUUCCUCCAAUAAGACUGAAGGUUCCACACUUUCCUCCCAUGACGCCAAAGACGACAGCAGAGAGGUGACGAGACCCAGCAGGCCUGCAAGUUAUAAGAAAGCUGUCGAUGAGGACCUGACGGCUCUGGCCAAGGAGCUGAGGGAGCUGCGACAGGGGGAGGACGCCAGCCGCCCGCCCGUCAAAGUGACGGACUACUCGUCGUCCAGCGAGGAGUCGCACAGCAGCGAGGACGAGGAGGGAGAGGGCGGGGCCAAUGAUGGGACGGUGGCUGUCAGCGACAUCCCGCGCAUCAUGCCGGCGGCGAAUCAAGGUACAAACGAGUCCUUCAACCUGUUGGGAGGUCAUAACGACCACGACGACUCGUACGGAAACAGCUCCCAGGACGGCACCCUGAGGAUGCGUGAGAAACAUGGGGAACGGAGGCGGAGCUCUGCCGCAAGCAACGGUUUCCUCGGCAACGCUAAUCUGUUCCCUGGCAACGCCAAUCUCCCUGAUUUGGUGCAGCCAAGCACCUCCCCUCUGGUCUCCCCUGGCGACUCCUCUGGGGCCCAAUACGGGAUGGGGAGCGGCGGCGGCUCCAAGUCCUCCUUCACGCCGUUCGUCGAUCCACGGGUCUACGGGACGUCCCCGACCGACGAUGAUGAUAACAUCUCCGCCUCAGCGCUGUUUGCUGACGAGCUGCUGAAGCAGGAGCAGGAGCAGGAGCAGGCCAGACUCAACGAGGCCAGAAAGAUCUCCGUGGUCAACGUCAACCCCACCAACAUCAGGCCGCACAGCGACACGCCCGAGAUCCGCAAGUACAAGAAGCGCUUCAACUCUGAGAUCCUGUGCGCUGCGCUGUGGGGCGUCAACCUGCUGGUGGGGACGGAGAACGGCCUGAUGCUGCUGGAUCGAAGCGGGCAGGGCAAGGUUUACAACCUGAUCAGCCGACGGCGCUUCCAACAGAUGGACGUCCUGGAGGGACUCAACGUCCUGGUCACCAUCUCAGGCAAGAAGAACAAGCUGCGUGUUUACUACCUGUCGUGGCUCAGGAACAGGAUCUUACACAACGACCCGGAGGUGGAGAAGAAACAGGGCUGGAUCACUGUGGGCGAGCUGGAGGGCUGCGUCCACUACAAAGUCGUAAAGUACGAGAGGAUUAAAUUCUUGGUGAUCGCUUUGAAGAACUCGGUUGAGAUCUACGCCUGGGCGCCGAAACCGUACCACAAGUUUAUGGCCUUCAAGUCGUUCACAGACCUGCAGCAUCGCCCCCUGCUGGUUGACCUGACUGUGGAGGAGGGACAGAGGUUAAAGGUCAUCUACGGCUCCACUGUGGGAUUCCACGUCAUCGAUGUGGACUCUGGCAGCCCCUACGACAUCUACAUCCCUUCACAUAUUCAGGGUCAGGUGACCCCGCACGCCAUCGUGGUUCUGCCCAAGACGGAUGGCAUGGAGAUGCUGCUGUGCUACGAGGACGAGGGCGUCUACGUCAACACCUACGGACGCAUCACCAAAGACGUGGUGCUGCAGUGGGGCGAGAUGCCCACCUCCGUCGCCUACAUCCACUCCAACCAGAUCAUGGGCUGGGGAGAGAAGGCCAUUGAGAUCCGCUCCGUGGAGACGGGACACCUCGACGGAGUUUUCAUGCACAAGCGAGCUCAGCGACUGAAGUUCCUGUCGGAAAGGAACGACAAGGUUUUCUUUGCCUCUGUUCGUUCUGGAGGCAGCAGCCAAGUCUUCUUCAUGACCCUCAACAGAAGCUCCAUGAUGAACUGGUAACCGCUCCUCGUCUUCACCCUGAACAUCGGCCCCCGCCAGGAGAGAGGGACGAGCGAGGAUGAUCUGUGUUUGUGUGUGUGUGUUUGUGUGUGUGUGUGUGUGUGUGUGUGUGUGUGUGUGCGCGCGCUGGUGUUUGUGGAGAACAAAACAACAGGCUGCUGAACCGACGAUUGUGCAACUACAGGAAGAGUCAAACCACUGGAGUCGUGCCCCCUCGCCCCAGAUAGAUACCCUCCAACUGCAGGGGGCGCCACAGGCCUCAUGUCACUGCCUGACGAGCAACGGUAACUCCACACGCCGCCAGUGAACAACGCCUUCACCUUCCCUGUGGACUGUUGGACCGGGUUGUUUCUGAGACCUUAAAGGACGAUGACACCAAGCCGAGUAGCCUUUGACUUUCCCAUGUGACUGAAUGUGUGGAGAAGUCCUUUGUGUAGCACAUCAAUGAUUUUCCUACAGGGUGUUCACACCACGGUGCAGGGGUUGUGACUGUUUACUGCAGCGAAUCAGACAUCUUCUCCUGCGCCCUGUCGUCAUCGUGAGGAAGAAUUUGUCGGCUGUUAAAGUAGCAUCAGUGCAGCAAGAAAACAGAGGCUGCAGCACUUCUGGGGACAUUUCUCAAGUCUCUGGAAGUAAAAGUCACUGAAUCAAAAUCCCUUCAAGUAAAUCUGGUCACAUGCUGGCGUCGCUGUUUGGCCUCGUCUACACUGAGCGAAACGUUUAGAAGCACCUGCUGAUGUUUGAGACGACAUCGAGACGACGAGGAGAGUUUGGUCUGCACGGUGUGACCUUGGGUUUGACCCGCACUAAAGUUGACAAUCUUGAGCGAGACGUAGUAAAACUCAGUCUUCAGCGUCAGAAACCGUCAGUGUCAGAGGUUUCCGAGCAGGGGGUUGACACACUUUAUCAAAACAACCAAUCAACGUAUGGACAGAAAUUACACAAAUAUACCGGUUGAAUGUUUACAGAACAAAAUCGUUUUCGUGAGCGGCGCCACAAUCUCCCCCGCUGUUCAGUGUUAAGGCGUCGCACAGAAGUACAGCAGCAGCACAGAUGGAUGAUGGGAGUUUAUGACCUUUGUCUGCUUACAUCAGUUCUUUCUGAUUCGGCAGACGUUUGUUUUCUCGUUUGAUCGUAGACGUUUUUUAGACUCAUCCUGCAAAGAUUGUUAUCGUACUGAUUUUUAUUAUUCAGGCGUAUUCUGGAGGUUUUUUGCAUUAAAGCUGGAACAAGACAAUUUCCGAUGUAUAAAAUAACCCAAGUCUUGACCGGCCUUUAACUUCUCUGAGCGAAAAGCCCAAUGUUGAACUCAGAUUUUGAGAUUACUCGAUGUUGUCGUCAUCAAAACACUUCUCGCAGCGACGAUUGGUCGACUGAAACUCAGCGGAUGUUUCCUGGACAAACAUCUUGUAGCAGAAACCUAUCGAUGGCGUCUUUGCACCGUCAGAUGAAGCAAAAAAACGUCCGAGGCGGCGUAGAUGCACCGAGCUCGAGAGGUAUCAGCUGUGGCCCAUGUGCACGUUGUUUCCUGACCACGACUCUCUCUCUCUGCAGUAAAGGAAUGGACCGGCUGAGAUUGACGAUGGUGUCACAUGCUGAAACACCUUCUAUGUCGCUUCCCUGUUAGAUGCUAGGGUCACGGGGGGGAAAUGAGACUUUUUACACUUUGCCGCAAAGUCGGUUUCAGUUACUGUGGCGACAAUGUCCUGGUGUACUUCUGGUUGGAGGAGGAAGAUUGUAGAUAUUGUAUAAUUGCUGCAACAGCAACACAAUAACAAAAUCUCCACAUCAUAUCUCAAAGAGGAAAGUGGCUGUAGAGUAGUUACCAACUCCUGGAGGUUUUUACGUUCUCUCCACCUGUUGCUGUUCUGUGUGCUCCGCACUCCUGUAAAUACUCACAUUGAUGUAAAGGACAGACUUCACCAAACAGGUGAAGGAAAAAAUGACGGCCUUGCGUUUUUCACCAUACCUCUGUAAAUCUGUCCGCUCUGUAGUUUCUCGCAGAUUGGAGGUUUUUCUGUCCAGUGAGCCGAACGAGGACUCACACAAAUGUUGGAUUUGGGUUAAAAGUUGAUUAUUUUUCUCUGUAGUUCAUCGCUGUCUGUUUAGUUGUGCGUUUUGCAUGGUGACAUACACGUUUUACCUGUCAUCACUUGUUAUGAACUGUAAGUUUAAGGCAAUACACUGGAGCUGGUCGGUGAGAGACAGACAUUUGAAAUGAUUCACUUCUGGGCUUUACUCUUGUUAGAAACACACUGGAUAACUUCCCAUUUCUAAUAGAUUUUAUAUUUUAGACAUUUUUUUAUGCUCGCACGCAGAGUAGCUUGUAAAGCGCGAGGGGGCGGAGCUCAGCGUGACUUUGGGUGAACCCGUGACGACGGUCUCUGUAAAUGGUUUUGUUUGGGGGCUUGUGAUCAGAGAGAGGAGGGGGAUUCAUCUAUUACUUGAUAUUCUUUAAUUGUCCAUCUCACAGGAAGCGUUUAGGCCUUUUACAUGAGCAGGAUGUUCACGUUAACACCCUGUGAAUAAAGGUCAGGAGGCAGGGUCCGUUUGAGAAACCAUAGAUUAAAAAAGAUAUAUAUAUACUGUAAGAAUUUUCGUUAUGAUAUCUUACUGAUCAUUUUAGAGAAAGACAAAAAAAGAACGUUCACUUAUUAAAGCUUAGUUGUCUUUCUACAGAAUAGAGAACAUAGCUAUAAGAAUUUCUAAAAAAAAACGUUUUUAUUGUGGUAUUAUUUGUAUUUGUAUUUCAAUUUUUGUACGUAUCAAGACUGUGAACGUAUGUACGGCUGUCAGCGUGUGUGUGUGUGUGUGUGCGUGCAUGUGUGUGGGCGGGCGAACACGUGCGUGCACAUGUGCGUGACAUGCAUGUGAGUGUAUGUUUUCACCUCGUCUGAAUCACCUGAAUCAGUCAAAAAGACAACCUCAGUCUG